AUGGACAAGUUUCCCCCAUUGACGCUCCCAGCAAUUGAGUACGAAGCCGUUGAAGACCUGGGGCGUGAACUUAAGCGCUACCAUCUGCCAUCUGGGUGCAAUCCGGAAGCCACCACAUUCGUCGAUAUCCUGUAUCCCUAUCCUGAGCAGACUCCUAGGUGGAAUAGGAAAAAUGCCAACGAGCUACCGGAUCUCUUCCCUUUAGAGGGACAUACCGACGUGAAAACUCCGAAAUUGAGAGUCUUUCUUUUCCGAGACGCCAGCUUUCUUUUGGAAAGAUAUAGAGACAAAUACCGCUUUGCCCGCGGGAACCCAACAGUCCAAUGGAUGCAGCAGCGCUUUGCUGUAUCUCCAUUGUUCUUCAGAGCAGCAGCUCUUCCAACCUUCUCCUCUGUACAAGAACACAUCUCUUUCCCCUAUCGUGACCAGGCCGGAAAGGCAGCUAGGUUAGAUGGCUACUACUAUCUACGAGACUGCCCCUACCCCGGACAUCGCCUUGUAUGGUUCUCUCACCGUCUUGGAGGAGAGCUGGGUUCAACCUAUAUCACCUUUAAUUUGCCCGAGGCCACAUCGCGUGCAAUUAUGGCUUGCACCCCAAAGGCCCUUUUGCAACCCCUUUCCCUUGAUUUAUUCUUCUGUGAGGGCAUCUUGCGUCUCAACCAGCGAGCAUUAUGGAAGAGUCAAGGCUCUUUAUUCCGAUUGGAAGAGGAUGAGCAGUUAAAGUCAUCACUGACCCCGGAAACCGCUGCUGCAACAGUUACCCAUUUACAUGGUGUCGCUCGCGCUUUUCAUUGGCUCCGUGCCGAUCUAUGUGAUUUGCGUAGGACUCUGCAUUUUCUUUGCUCGAUCGCAGACAAAUUUCCUCUUAAUUCACCUCAACUCUCCGUCGGCGAGAUGGACUCGACAACCGAGUCCCUGAAAUAUCUGAAGUCCCAGAUAGAGGUCAUCCUGGAUCAUCAAAGUGCAGGUCGAGAGCGUAUCUCCACUCAAAUCGCCCUGUUUUUCAAUUUGUCCAACCAGCUGGACAGCCGGACGAACCUUGAUAUUGCCCGCUUGACGUCCGAGAUAUCUAUAUCUACUCAGCACGACAGUUCGUCGAUGAUCACGUAG